UCGCGGUGGAGACGCUAUCUUGGCCUGGCCGACCUUCGCCCCCGCGCCGCCCAGGCCAGGGCGAGCCAAUGACUGUCGCGAUCUGGUUGCAUGUGACAGGGGGCGGGCCCUUCGCCGGAAGGGUGAGGUUUGUACAUAUGGACCAGAAACUUUCAGAGUUGGUGGAAGAGCUCACGACUUCAGGAGAGCCCCAAGUGAACCCCAAGAAAAUGAAGGAGCUGAAGAAAAUUUGCAAGUCUUCAGAGGAGCAGCUUGGUCACACCUACCACCUGCUUAUGGCCCAGCUGAGCCAGGAGCACGCCGAGGUCCGCCUCUCCGCUUUCCAGGUCCUGGAUCAGCUCUUCGCCAGGUCUCACCACUUCAGGAUGCUAGUCGUUUCCAACUUCCAGGAGUUCCUGGAGCUCACACUGGGCACCGACCACGAGCGGCCCCUGCCGCCCCCCAGGGAGGUGGCACAGAAGCUGAGGCGGGCCGCCACCCGGGCCGUCCGCGGCUGGAACGAGAAGUAUGGUACAGCCUAUAAGAAGCUGGCCCUGGGCUUCCACUUCUUAACGCACAACAAACAGGUAGAUUUCGAAGAUGUGGACGCUAGGACUCUGGCGGAGAGAAAGCGAGCAGAGGAGAAACAGAAGCGCUUGGACAGAAUCUACAAGGAGAGGUCUGAGCAGGCCGUGCGGGAGAUGGAAGAAAUGUCCGGGGAGAUCCGGAGCUGCCUCAUGGAGCUGGAGAGCUGCUUCCGACUGCUGGUGCCCUUUGACCUUGACCCGACCCCGGGGGCUGCCUUGCCCCCCAUGGCCGAGGAGGGUGGCAGGGACGAGGAGCAGCCCUGCUGCAGCAAGACCCUGGCCAUCUGCGCCCGCCGCCCGGGAGCCGCGGGUGCAGAGGGGCCGCCCUUGGAGGACAAGGACGAGGACAGCGACCCGGAAGGGUUUGUGCGGCACCACGGGCUGGGCUCCCGCGAGUACACGCUCGAGGUGGAGCUCUCCUCAGACAGCCUGAAGGUGCACGAGGAUGAGGACAACCUGGUCGUCAUCCACGUGGCCCAGGACACGCUCAGGCUCAUCCAGAACAGGUUCCUGCCAGCCGUGUGCUCCUGGGUCCAGCUGUUCACCCGCGCAGGGACACGUGGCGGGCACUUGGAGGGUGCCAUCGACCUGAAGGCCGAGCUGGAAACUGCCCUGCGGCGAUCUCGGGAGCUGGAUGUCAUGCCCGAGGAGGGCUGCAGGAGAGAGGCGGCAGCCCCGGGAGACGGGGACGAGGACGAGGACGACGAGGACUUUGUGGAGGUCCCGGAGAAGGAGGGCUAUGAGGCCUGCAUCUCUGAGCACCUGCAGCCUGAGUGUGGGCUGAAGAAAGACCCGGCCACACUGGCCUCGCAGGCGAGGAAGAGAACAGGGAGCAGCGAGGAGGCCUGUGACCCCACCUCUGCGGCCGCCCAGCUGCAUUGGCUCCAGCGCCACUUGCCCCCGGCCUUGCCCCCGAGCCCCAGGGUGCCGCUGGGUCCAGAGGAGGCCGAGAAGCUGGCGGCAGAGCGGGCCCGGGCGCCUGUCGUGCCCUUCGGGGUGGACUUGUGCUGCUGGGGCCGAGAGGAGCCGAUGGCUGGGAAGAUCCUCAAGUCCGACUCUGAGCACCGCUUCUGGAAGCCCCGCGAGGUGGACGCGGAAGUAGAGAGCGCCGCUGUCUCUGAGUCUCUCCGGAGCCGCCAAAUCACCUUUGCGGGGCGAUUCGAGCCCGUGCAGCACCGGUGCCGUGCCCCCCGGCCCGACGGCCGGCUCUGCGAGCGCCAAGACCGCCUGAAGUGCCCUUUCCAUGGGAAGAUCAUCCCAAGAGAUGACACGGGACGGCCCCUCCAUCCGGAGGACAGGGCCCGCGAACAGAAGCAGCGGCUGCAGAGGCCGGCGGGGCGCCGAGCCUGGCAGGACCCUGAGCUCAUGAGGGACGUGGAGGCAGCCACUGGGGUGGAUCUCGGCUCAUCCAGGCCCGGUGGGAAGGGCCGGCGGCGGCGGUCCGGCCUCACCGACCUCAAGCGGCAGGCGGACACAGCGCGUGCACGCAUCGCCAAGAAGGUCUUCGCCAAGGCCGCUGUGCAGAGGGUGGUCACAGCCAUGAACCAGAUGGACCGGAAGAAGCAUGAGAAGUUUGCAAACCAGUUUAACUACGCGCUGCAUUAGAGCGCCAGGCCGGGUCCGCUCUGGUCGUCAGCUCCUCUUCUGCUGCUGAUGAGCUAGGAUGGGAAGGCAGACCCGGGUCUGGGCUGUAACAACAGCCACAAUUAUAGUGUGUAUUUAACGUGAAGAAAUGGUGCACUUUCUGCUUAAAGCGCCCCAGAGGUGUGGACUCUCCCCACCUGCGGGGGACCACGGCCAUCGCUUACGGGUCUGACUGCCUAGUAGCCCGGGGUGAACUCGGGCAGCCGUGUCCACAGGUGGGUGUCUUGUACAGCCUGUGCCCUCUGUGGUGUGACUCAGGGUCGCUCGUCAUCCAGGACGAGUGCGCAGCCUCCAGCCCUGCCCCCCAGCCUUCGCCUGCUCGGAGGAAAACCCACAUUUCACGUUGACACGAAGGGGAGCCAGCUGUUUGCUCUCGGCGUUGCCAGCUCACAGGCAUGCUGGUGGUGGUUCCGCGUCAGAAUGCAGGGAACUACCUCACUCUUUGUUUUUCUAAAAUCCACUUUAUUGAGACGUAACUCACGUACCGUAACGUUCACGCCUUUGAAAUGUACGGUUCGGUGAUGUUACACACACUCACAGUGUUGUACAGUCUCCACCCCUGUCUAGUUCCAGAACUUCUCACCACCCUAAAAGAAGCCCUGCUCCCAGCCCCGGCCCCCUCUGGCCUUCUGUAUCUGGAUUUGCCUUUGCUGGACAUUUCCUGUGAAUGGAGUCAUGGCAGCCUGUGGCCCUUUGUGUCUGGCUGCCUUCACUUAGCACAGCGCGUUCAGGGUUCUUCCCUGCUGGGGCCUCUGUCUGUGCUUCAUGCCUUUUUAUGAGCGGAUAACUGACCCCUGUAGGAACAUACUGCACUUUGUUUAUCCGUUCAUUGUGGGCAUUUGGGUUGUCUGCACUUCGGGGUGAUUGUGGAUGAUGUUGCUAUGGCCACUUGUGUAUGGGUUUUUGCGGGGGCAUAUAUUUUCAUUCCUUUUGGGUUUAUACCUACAGGUGGAAUGGCUGGGUCACGUGGUAACUCUGUGUUUAACUUACUGAUUGAAUUGCCAAAACAUUUUCCAAAGCAGCUGCACCGUUUUCUAUCCCCACCAGCAGCGUAUUAGGGUUCUUGUUUCUCCAUGUUCUUGCCAACAUUUGCUUUUAUCAGUCUUUUUAAUUUUAGCCAUCUUAGUGGGUAUGGAGUGGUGUAUCAUUGUGGUUUUGAUUUGACUAAUGAUAUUGAACAUCUUUUCAUGUGCUUAUUGGCCAUUUGUGUAUUUUCUUUGGUGAAACAUCUAGAUCCUUUGCCCAUUUUAAAUUGAAUUGUUGUUUUGAGUUGUAAGAGUUCUUUAUAUAUUCUGGAUACUAGAUCCUUAUAUGAUUUGCAAAUAUUUUCUCCUAUUCUGUGUUUUCACUUUCUUGAUCGUAUUCUUUGAAACACAAAAAUUAUGAAUUUUGAUGAUACCCAAUAUAUAUAUUUUUCCUUUUGUCACUUGUGAUUUUGGUGUCAUAUCCAAGCAGCUGUUGCUUACUCCAAGGUCAUGAAUAUAUACUCUUAUGUUUUCUUCUAAGAGUUUUAAGAUGUAGCUGUUCAUUUUAGGUCUUUGGUCCAUUUUGAGUUAAUUUUUCUUUUUUAAUUUUAUUUAUUUAUCUUUUAUUUAUUUAUUUUUGGCUGUGUUGGAUCUUUGUUGCUGCACAUGGGCUUUCUCUAGUUGCGGUGAGCGGGGGCUAUUCUUCAUUGCAGUGCGUGGGCUUCUCAUUGUGGUGGCUUCUCUUGCUGUGGAGCACAGGCUCUAGGCGUGCUGGCUUCAGUAAUCAUGGCUCGCAGGCUCUAGAGCGUAGGCUCGGUAGUUGUGGCUCACGGGCUCUAGAGCACAGGCUCAGUAGUUGUGGUGCACGGGCUUAGUUGCUCCGCGGCACGUGGGAUCUUCCCGGACCAGGGCUCGAACCCGUGUCCCCUGCAUUGGCAGGUGGAUUCUUAACCACUGCACCACCAGGGGAGCCCCAUUUUGAGUUAAUUUUUGUCUGUGCUUCAUUCGUGUGGAUAUUCAGUUGUCUCAGCAUCAUUUGUCGAAAAGAUUAUUCUUUCUUCCAUUAAAUUGUCUGCACUUUUCUUGAUCAUCAGUUGACAAUAAAUGUGUGAAUUUAUUUCUGGACUCUCACUUCUGUUCCCUUCACCUAUAUAUCCUAUGCUACUGCUACAAUGUCUUGAUGAAUUUGGCUUUAUGGUAAGUUUCGAAAUCCUCCAACUUUGUUCUUUUUAAACAUUGUUUUGGCCAUUCGGGGUCUUUUGCAUUUCCAAACAAAUUUUGAGCCACCUCACGUGUGUGUCACUGUUGCUAAAAAUAAAGGGUAAUGGAAUCUCAAAAAUGAAUGAAUGAAUGAAUGAAUGAAUUUGUGCCACCAAAAAAAAAAAAAGGGGGGGCAUCUGAGAUUUUAGGGAUUGUGUCGACCCUAGAGAUCACUUUGGAAAGUAUAGCUGACCUUUGAAAAGCACAGGUUUGAACUACACACUACACAGGUCCACUUACACAAGGACUUUUUCAGCAGUAGAUACUGCAGGGCCGCGUGAGCUGUGGCUGGUUGACUCCUUGGAGGAGAACCACAGACGCAGGGGCUGACGGUGUGGUUACACGUGGAUUUUUGACUACAUGGAGGGUAGGCUCCCCUAAACCCUGAGAUGUUCAAGGGCCAAGUGUAAUGUCAUUUUAAUAUUAAAUUUUCUAAUUAGUGAACUUACUAUCUUUCCAUUUAUUUAGGUUUUCUUUAUAUUUUCUCCGUGUUUUGUAGUUUUCAGUAUACAAGUUUUGCAUUUAUUUUGUUAAAUUUAUUCUUAAAUGUUUUAUUCUGUUUGAUGUCACUGUAAAUGCAACUCUUCUCUGAAUUUCAUUUUUGGAUUGUUCAUUGCUAAUGCAUAGAAAUACAACUACUUUUUUUAUGUUGGUCUUAUAUCCUGAAACCUUGCUGAACUCACUUAUUAGUUCUAAUAGUUGUGUGUGUGUGUAGAUUCCUUAGGAUUUUCUAUACACACUAUCAUGUCAUCUGCAAGAGAAAGUUGUAUUUCUUUCUUUGCAAUUUGGAUUCCUUUUAUUUCUUUGUCUUGCCUAGGUGCUCUGGCUAGAGCCUCAGUACAGUGCCAGAUAGAACUGGAGAGACCAGACAUCCUUGUCUUGUCCCUGAUCUGAGAGGAAAAGCUUUCAGUCUUUUACCAUUGAGUGUAAUGGUAGCUGGGUUUGUAGAUGGCCUUGUAUCAGAUUGAGGAAGUUUCCUUAUGUUCUUAGUUUGUUGCGUGUUUUUGUCGUGAAGGGAGUUGAAUUUUUGUCAAAUGCACUUUCUACAUCUAUUGAAAUGAUCGUGUGGUUUUGGUCCUUUAUUCUUUUCGUAUGGUGUGUUACAUUAAGUGUUUUUCAUAUGUUGAACCACACUUGCAUUCAUGGGAUAAAUCCCACAUGGUCAGUUUCAGUAGUCUGUAUAUUUCUAGGAAUUUGUCCAUUUCAUCUAGGUUAUUUGUUAUCGUUUGUUGACAUACAGUUGUUCAUAGCAUUACUUUAUAGUCAUUUUUAUUUCUGUAAGGUUGAUAGUAAUGUCUCUUCCAUCAUUCCUGAUUUUAGAAAUCUGAGUCCUCUCUCAUUAAUUUUCUUGGUUAGUCUAGCUAAAGGGUUAUCAGUUUUACUGAUCUAUUCAAAGUUGUUUUUCUCUAUUAUUUUUCAUUUUUUACUUAAUUUCCACUCUAAUCUUUAUUAUUUCCAUUGGGUUGCUUUGUGUUUAGUAUUUUUCAUUCUUUUUCUAGUUUCUUAAGUGGAAGUUUAGCUUAUUGAUUUGAGGUCUAUCUUCUUUGUAACGUAGGUGUUUACAGGUAUAAAUUUUCAUCUAAGGAUUGCUUUAGCUUCAUCCCAUACGUUUUGGUAUGUUGUGUAUCCAUCUUUAUUUAUCUCAAAAGUAUUUUCUAACUUCUCUUGUGAUUUCUUAUUUUACCCAUUUUUUAAAAAAAUUAUUAGCACCUUUAAUCAUUAUUUAUUUAUUUUUUUUGGCUGUGUUGGGUCUUCGUUUCUGUGCGAGGGCUUCCUCUAGUUGCGGCAAGCGGGGGCCACUCUUCAUCGCGGUGCGAGGGCCUCUCACUAUCGUGGCCUCUCUUGUUGCGGAGCACAGGCUCCAGAUGCACAGGCUCAGUAGUUGUGGCUCACGGGCCUAGUUGCUCCGCGGCAUGUGGGAUCUUCCAGACCAGGGCUCGAAUCCGUGUCCCCUGCAUUGGCAGGCAGAUUCUCAACCACUGCGCCACCAGGGAAGCCCCUUACCCAUUGUUUAUUUAGGAGUUUGUUGUUUAAUUUCCACAUACUUGUGAAUUUCCCAAAUUUCCUUCUGUUAUUUGAUUUCUCAUGUCAUUCUGUGUAGCCAAAGAACACAUUUUGUGUGAUUUCAGUUCUUUAAAAUUUGAGACUUAGGAUCUAUCCUGGAGAGUGUUUUAUGUGCAGCUGAGAAGAUGAGUAUUCUGCUGUUGAUGGGUGUUCUGUAGAGUCUGUUAGGUCUAGCUGGUUUAUAGUGUUGUUUAAGUCUUCUUUUCCUUAUUGAUCUUUACCCCAGCAGUUAAAUCCAUUAUUGAAAGUGGGGUAUUGAAAUCUCCAACUGUUAUCGUUAAAUUAUUUAUUUCUCCCUUCUCUGUCAGUUUUUGCUUUGUGUAUUUUAGGGCUCUGUUAAGUGCCUAUAUGUUUAUACUUCUUAUUUCUUCCCAAUGGGUUGACCCUUUAUAGCGCAGCCUUCUCUGUCUCUAGUACUAAACAGUUUUUGCCUUAAGGUCUCUUUUGUAUGAUGUUAGCGUAGGUUUUGGUUGUUUGCAUGGUAUAUCCUUUUCCAGCCUUUCACUUUCAUUGUAUCUGAAUCUAAAGUCUUCCUUAUGGACAGCAUAUAUUUGAUCAUGUUUUUAAAUCUGUUCUACCAAGUCUCUGCUGCUUGAGUGGAGUGUUUAAUCUAUUUACCUUUAAUGUAAUUGCUGAUAAGGUAAGAUUUAUGUCUGCCAUUUUUCUAUUUUUCUACAUGUCUUUUUAAAUCUUUCUUCCUCUGUUACCUUUUUUUCUUGUGGCUGUUUAAUUCCCUUGUAAUACUUUAAUUCCCUUGUGUCUCUACCACUAUUUUUUAAGUAAUUUUUUUCAGUGGUUGCCUUGAGGACUAGGAUGAACAACUUAAUACAAUCUAGUUUGGAUAAAUAACAACUUAAUUUCAGUAAUGUACAAAAACUGCUCCAUUAGAGCUCUGUUUCCUUCCAGCUCUUUUCUGCUGUUUUUGUCAUACAAAUUGCAUCUUAAUAGAUUGUAAGCCCAUCAACAUAGUUUUGUAAUUAUUGCUUUAUGUAGUUGUCUUUUAAAUCAGAUAGGAAAAGAAAAGGUUUACAAACAUAAGCACAUUUAUACUAUCUCUUAUCUGGCUCUGUAGUUCCCUUUCCCAGUGCCCUAAUUUCUCUUUGAGGAUUUGAAUCUGGUAUCUUUCACUUCAACCUGAAGCACUCCCUUCAGUGUCUCUUGUAGGGCAGGUCUGCUAGCAGUGAAGUCUCUUCAUUUUUGUCUCUCUGGGAAUGUCUUCAUUUCUCCUUCGUUUUGAGGAAUAGUUUUGCUGGAUGCAGAAUUCUUGGUUUAACAGUCUUUUUCUUGCAACACUUUGAGUGUGUCAUCCCACAGCCUCCUGGGCUGUAGGGUUUCUGGAGAGAAGCUAGCUGUUAGUCUUUGGAAAGAAGCCUUGAACACGAGUUGGGUUUUUAAUUGCUGCUUUCAAGAUGCUCUGUUUGUCUUUAUCCUCUGACUGUUCUAACCACGAAGUGUCUAGUUAAGGUCUCUGUGUGUGUCCUGCUUGGAAUUUGUUGAGCUUCUUGGUUGUAGAGAUUGUUUCUCAUCAAACUUGGCCGCUAUUUCUCCCAAGAUUCUUUCUGCCUUGUUCCCUCUCUCCUCUCCUAGGACUCCCAUCAUGUAUACACACUUGGUUGAUGGUAUCCAUUGGCCUCUGAGGCCUAUUCAUUUUUCUUCGUUCUUUUUUCUGUGUCUCAGACUGGACCUGUUGACUUAUCUUCAAGGCAGCUUAGUGAUUAGCUAAUGAUUGGACAGAGAUUUCCUUAAAUGCUUUGAUCCAGUGAGUCUGGUGGUUUUCCGACUAGCUGUGUGUGCGUGUGUCCGUGUGUUGGGCACACCUUCAGUGCUCUGCCAGCCAGUUGCUGACUCUGCCUUGGCUCUCAAUUGAUGAAUGUUUUGGUCUUUGCUCCAUGAGAAAGUAGCAUGUUAUAGUUUUAAUUGACGUUUCUCUUAGGAGUGAGAGCAAGCAUUUUUCAUAAUGUUAAAGCAUUCAUUGUUUAUCCUUUUCUGUGAAUUGUAUUCCAUACCCUUUGCCCAUUUUUCUGUUAGCUUAUUGGUUUCUUAUUAAACUGUGGGAGCUCUUUAUUCAGUAACAAGCUGUACAUGAUGAGUCACAAAUGUUUCCUCAUUUUAUCUUCUGACUUUGCUUAUGUUGUUUUCCGCCAUGUAGAUUUUUUAUGUAGUUGAAUUUAACCAACCUUUCAUGGCUUCUGAGUUUUGUAUUCCUUCCCCACUCAAAGAUUGUAUUAAAAAAUUCUUCCAUCUUUUCUUCUAGUAGUUUUAUAGGUUGCAUUUUCAUGUUUAAGUCACUGAUCUACUUACCAUUUAUUUUGAUAUAAAAUAUGGCUCUGGAAAUUCAGUUUUUUAUUUUAAAUACCCAUCCAGGUGUCCCAACACUAGUAAUGAAAUCAUUUGUUUUUGCACAUUUAAAAUACUGCCAUUAUCAUUUGUUAAAGUCCCUACGUACAGUGGUUCUAUUUCUGAACUUUGUUCUAUCUCAUCAGCUCGUCUGCCUAUUUAUAUAUCAUCAUACUGUUUUAAUUACUGUGCCUUGGUAAUACAUGCCUAUGUCAAAGACCUCUUAUAUUUCUGUUCUCUUUUGUAUAACUUCAGGUAAAGUUAGAUAACUAGUGUUUUUAUAAAAUUUAAUUCAUGACCGA